AUGGUUCCCUUCGACAUUGGUGCACUGAGGACAAACCGGGCUUUGCAAGAGCUACACCUUGCUAAUAACCUCUUGAACAGCUACCAGGAUGCUCUUCAGCUGGGAGACCUACUACGAUACAACAAUACUUUGCAGACACUGGAGCUGAGCAACAAUGCUCUAGCAGAUGCUGGUUUGGAAGAGCUGUGUGAUGGUCUGAGGUCCCAGAAAGCAGGUCUCAAGGUCUUACUGCUGAGGAAUAACCACAUUACUGUAAAAGGCAUGGACCAUCUGGCUAAAACUCUGCCGGUGCUGAAGGUCCUGCAGGUCCUGGAUUUGGGUGAGAAUCUCUUGGGGAACGAGGGGAUCCAGAUCAUCAGGGAGCCUCUCAUGGUCAACAGCUCAGUGCUGCAGCUCGGCCUGGCCCAAGCCAGUAUCACCUGUGAAGGUGCUGUGGCGCUUGCUGAGUUUCUCGCCGAGAGUCGUCAGAUUCAGAGACUGGAUCUCCGUCAGAAUGAGGUGAAAGUGGGAGGCCUGAUGGCCCUGAGUCUGGCCUUGAGGAUCAACUGCUCUCUUUCCAGUCUAGAUGUGGACCACACACCCCCACAGGAGCAGGACGAGUUUCUGAAGGAGACUCAGGCAAGGCUUCAGUCAGAAAUCACCCAGCGCUGCCGUGCCAACGCCGCUCACUCCAGCCUCACCGCGGAAACCCCUGAAACUUCAACCGGCGAGGCCACAGAUAAGCUGGGAGCAUGA